AUGAAACUUAGUGCAAAUUUACAGGAUUCUUUCAACGAUCAAAUAAACGCGGAACUCGCGUCGGCGUACCUGUACCUGUCGAUGGCGGCAUACUUCGAGGACGAGAACCUGCCGGGCUUUGCCCACUGGAUGCGAAUGCAGAACGAAGAGGAGACGGCGCACGCGAUGCGCUUCUUCGACCAUGUGCAUGACCGCGGCGGGCGCGCAACGCUGCAAGCUAUCGAUGCGCCGCCUUCGGACUUCCGCAACCCGCUUGAUGUCAUGGAACGCACGCUGGCGCACGAGCGCAAGGUUACUGCGCUCAUCAAUCGCAUGUACCAGAUUUCGAUUGAGGAGAGCGACUAUGCGGCGCAGGUGAUGCUGCAUGAACUCAUCAUCGAGCAGGUCGAGGAAGAGAAGGUUGCUGAGGAGAUUGUGGUCCACCUGCGGAUCAUAGAUGGCGACGGCAGCGGCCUGUUGAUACUGGACGGGCGUCUUGGAGCGAGGACGCCAGCCGCAGCGACGCCAGCAGCCGGGGCGAACUAA